CAGCCUCGGCACAGCUCUCUGCCGUUGAGAUAUUGGUUGUACAGCCGGUGACAUUUGGCGUGGCUUCGAGCUACAUUUCUUAACUAAGGACGACAUAUUAUUUAUUAAUUACCGAAUUUUAACCUUUUGUCAUUUCCCAAUAAAAAUGAGCACCAUUAACGUGAAGAAGCUCAAAGUUAACGAGCUGAAGGACGAGCUGAAAAAACGAAAUCUCUCGGACAAGGGGCUGAAGGCCGAGCUGAUGGAUCGCCUGCAGGCCGCGCUGGACGAAGAGGCCCUCGCCGGGGACACCUCGGCGGCUCAGGAAGACUCGGUAGAUGAUGGGUUCGACCAGUCUGUUGACCAAGAGGGAAUGGGAGAAGAAGAGGAAGGAGAAGGCGAAGGCGAAGGCCCAGUAGAGGAGAGCAUGGAAGCCAACGAGGAAGAAGCAGAGAAUGAGGACGACGGCAACGGCGUCGCCGAGGACGAAGAAAUGGGUGAGGGAGAAGACGGAGGGGACGGGGAUGAGGACGAUGAAAUGGAUCCCAUGCUCAAGGCGGAUGUGGACGACAUGGAAAAAAUUGAAGAUGGUGAGCCCGGAGACAACGCUGCAGAGGGGGAUGCGGACAAAGACACGAAUGCUGAUCAGAAGAAUAAGAAGGGUGUUAAGAGACGCCGGGAGGAACAUGGAAGGGGCUACUUUGAGUUUAUUGAAGAGAACAAAUACAGCUGCGCCUCUUUUAAGUCUCCCGUACCACCGCUGGAGGAAGAAGACGAAGAGUGUGAUGAGACCAAAGUCUGCUUGGACACCUAUAACUGUGACCUGCACUUUAAGGUGUCCCGAGACCGCUACAGCGCUUCAUCGCUCAUCAUGGAGAGCUUUGCUUAUCUGUGGUCUGGAGGAAAGGGAACCUAUGGGGUGAACUCUGGCAAAGCUUGCUUUGAGAUGAAGCUCACAGAGAAGAUUUCAGUGAAGCACAUUUCCAGCAAGAACUUGGAAAUCCAUGAUGUGCAGGUUGGAUGGUCCUUGUCAACUGGGACGCUGCUGCUGGGUGAGGAAGAGUUUUCCUAUGGAUACUCCUGCAAAGGGAAGAAGACCACCAACUGUGUGACUGAAGACUUUGGGGAAACGUAUGAGGAGAACGAUGUCAUCUGCUGCCUCAUUGACUUUGAGGGCGAGGAGGUGGUCUUGUCCUUCGCCAAGAACGGUGAAGAACCAGCCAUCGCUUUCAGGGUCCGCAAGGACUGCUUAAACGGCCAGGCCCUUUUCCCACAUGUCAUCUGUCGCAACUGCGCUGUGGAGUUUAACUUUGGCCAGAUGGAGACGCCGUACUUCCCGACGCCGGAGGGCUACACCUUCCUGCAGCAAAUCCCCGUCAGCGAGCGAGUGAGGGGGCUGAAGGGACCCCAGACGAAGGCCGACUGCGAGAUCAUUGUGAUGGUUGGUCUGCCUGGCUCUGGCAAAACUACAUGGGUCAAGAACCAAGUCCAGCAGAACCCUGGGAAGUACUACAUCCUGAGCAGUGACACCAUUGUGGACAAGAUGAUGAUCAACAGUUUGAAACGCCAGUCCAAGGAUAUCACCAAGCUGAGCGCCAUUUCCCAAAGAGCUCCACUGUUCCUGGGCAAAUUCAUCGAGAUCGCUGCUCGCAAGAAGAGGAACUACAUUCUGGAUCAUACUAACUUAUCCGCACCAGGCCAGAAGAGGAAGAUGUGUCUGUUUGCUGGCUUCCAGCGUAAGGCUGUGGUCGUCUUCCCCACAGACGAGGAAUACAAGAUGAGGGUCCAGAAGAAGGUGGAGAGCGAUGGCAAAGAAGUGCCUGAGCAUGCGCUGCUCAAAAUGAAAGGGUUCUACGCCCUGCCGGAAGAAGGGGAGAGCUUCAACGAGGUGACGUAUGCUGAGCUGCCGAAGGACGACGCCGCCAAGCUGCUGGAGCAGUACAAAGAGGAGAGCAAGACGGCCCUGCCCGCUGAGAAGAAACCCAACCAGGGGAGCACGACUCCGAAAAGAGGCGGCAGCGGAGGAGGCGGCCCUCGCGGCAGCGGCAGGGGAGGAAAGAAUCAGUUCGGCCGCAGCGGACAGGGACAAAGGGGCGGUGGCGGACGUGGAGGCUUCCAGAACAGAGGCAACUUCAGAGGAGGCCCCGGCCCACGCGGCGGCUUCAACCGUCCUCCUCGCGGCUUUCUACCUCCACCAGCCUUCAGGGGCGGCUUCCCCCGGCCCGGCAGCUUCGGCCGGGGCGGCGGCCCCAUCCCCAGCCUGGCUGGAUCCCCAAGAGGCGGGCCCAUGAGGGGCGGCAUGGGACUCCGAGGAGGGCCCAUGAACCGCGGCGGCCAAAUGAACAGAGGAGGUCAAAUGAGCCGAGGGGGUCAGAUGAACAGAGGUGGAGGCAACAUGAACCGCAAUGCCAAUAGGGCCCCCCCCCCCCACUUCCAGCAGAGAGGAGGCGGCCGUGGAAACUUUGGGCAGAAGAACAGCAACUAUGGCAACAAUAGGAACAGCGGGGGCUUUGGCAACAGGAACGGCAUGGACAAGGCUCAAGCCUUCAACCAGAGCUGGCAGCAAGGGUUCUGGAACCAGAAACCUUGGAGCCAGCAGUACCAGCCUGGAUAUUACUAAGACAGUUGUUCUUAUGGACUGGUGGCCGACACUGAGAACCCACCACUAGCCACGGAACAUCCCCUCCUCUCCCUCCCCCUUUUACUGUUUGACUUUGUUCCCCUAAAACCCACUUUUAAAGGUCGAAAACCCACCGACUUCCAAAACAGCGCGAGGCAAUUUGAUCUGGAUCCAGAACAUUCCACCAGAGGAGAGCAGGAAGCAGAAAACGUAAUCAGAGCUUUAUAAAGUCUAUUUGAUUGUGGGUUCUGUCUCAUUCAGACACUUUUUGGUUUUUUUCCUUGUUGUACAUUUAAAAAAAAAAAUUCUCCCCUCAACCACUUUUUAAAUGACAUGCUUUUAAAAAAGAAUUGUUUGUAAAAUCAGGAAACAGAAGUGGGGCGAUUUCUGAUUUUCUUUUUUUUUUUCUUCUUUUUUCCAUUUGUUCUUCAGGGUUGUGCAUUUUAUCUGUGCUGUGAUUGCUUUGAUUUGCUUUUUUAUUACAAAUUGUAAAUAUUAUUUUCUCUGUGUAGUUACAGACAUAUAAGAAAUGUGACGAUUGACAUAAACAGGAAAGCAGGACAGCUUCCAUCAGUAGGCUGUUCAUGUCAGCGCUUUAAUGUUCAACAGUUUAACAGAUGAUGGUAGAUUAAUGACCUUUUUUUUUUUUCUUUAUUUGUUCCCACCAUCAAACUUGUAAUAUCAUAGACCUACAAUAAACUACUUGUUUGCUUUUUUUACAUUCAUCCCGGCUUAUGGCUUUCAUUUAUGUCAAAGGUGAGUAAAUGACCUUUGAAGAAACAAAAGAUGGCGUCGCAUGUUUCCGUUCUCUCGCUGUAAAUAAAUUUUAGAAAGUAUUUCAGCUAAGCUGUUUUCAGGACAAAGCAAAGCCAUUUUAUACUCCAUUAUGCCUUUUUCUUUUUAAAUUAUAUAUUUUUGUGUGUGUGCACUGAAUCUGACGACGGCUUGUUGGGGCCUUUAUAGAUGGGAGAGAAGAAUAAAUUUCUGCCAAAAACUCAAAUUGUUUAGAUGAAUCUAAAAAAAAAUUAUAAAUCUUAAGAUUUUCCUUGAAGAAACAAGGAAAUUUCUGAUUUUGAGAAUUUGCUAGAAGCUUAGAAAUUAGGAGAUUGAUCUGAGAAAUUCUCCAGAAAAAAAUCUAAAUUUGCUAGAAAAAAACUCAAAUUUUACUCCUUUUUGUUUUUAGGAAAUUUGAGAUUGAAAAGUUACACUUUCUAGAAAAUAAAAAAAAAAUGAAGAGUUUGAAAAUGUACUUGAAACUCUGGAAUGUUGAUUGAUCUCAGACUUUUUGUAGGAAAGAAAACUUGGAAAUGUUUGUUCCAAAAGUUGAAAAUGUUUUACUUUUAAAACCGGAACUUACAUUUAUUUUUUUUUCUACAAAACUUGAGAUUCACCUCAAAAUUUGAAUGUUCUUCCUGAAAUUUUUACUUUUUUACAGAAAUGUUUUGGGUUUUUUUUUUUUUUUUUCCUGGCAAAUUUCUGACUUUUCAAGCCCUGAAAUUUCCGUGUGUGUUCUUGGAAAGUUCUCCAUAUUUUCCCCCAUAGAUUUACCAUUAUUUAUUUAUUUAUUUUUUUUUCUAUCUACAACGGCCCUAACCCUCCGCCGUAGCCUCCACCUCAUUCUCAGGAUCUUUUCUCGGUUCCGUCAGCUGCUCCGUUACUGCAGUGGUCCUCUGAGACCCGGCGAGCGCUGAAGCACAAAUAAUCGCGAGUUCACGCAUUUUCCUUUUUCUUCUUUUGUUUUUCUGAUUCCAGUUCAGGUUCACCAGCAAAUCUAAAGGGCUCAACAGCAUCACCAACAGUUCGCGAACGCUUAACCUCGUUCAUGUUGGUGACCCUGUGGCCUGGCAAUAAGGGCAGCUCCCCCUCUCCAUAGCUAACCAGCUCAUACUGUCUUCACACCCAGAAUCUCUUCUUUUUUUCAUCCCCUCUCAGCUUGGACAUGCUGUCAAGUUAGCCCGCACUAAUCCAGUGGUUUCCAGCUGUUUGUUUUCUCUGAUUGUUUCAGUCAUGCAUGAAUGGUAACACUGUAAUAAAUAGUAAUUAAAGGUCAUCCCUCCAA